AUGCGCAUGAAGGUUCUUCUCAAGAUUCACAAAGUAUGGGAAACCGUUGAAAGUGAGACGAUCGAGCCUGAAAAAAACGAUAUGGCCACAGCUCUUCUUUUCCAAUCCAUUCCAGAAGCGCUUAUCCUGCAGGUCGGAGAGUUAGAUACCGCAAAGCAGGUUUGGGACGCCAUUAAAGCCCGACAUCUAGGAGCAGACAGAGUUAGAGAAGCUCGUUUACAAACCCUAAUGGCAGAAUUUGAUCGCUUGAAGAUGAAGGAAACCGAUACAAUCGAUGACUUCGUUGGCAAGCUAUCGGAGAUUUCUUCAAAAUCUGCAUCUUUAGGAGAAAACAUUGAGGAAACAAAGCUCGUCAAGAAAUUUAUCAAGAGUCUACCUAGAAAGAAAUACAUACACAUCGUGGCGUCCCUCGAACAAGUACUUGAUCUUAAGGUAACAAGCUUUGAAGAUAUCAUUGGUAGAUUAAAAGCAAUGAUAUCUUCAAAGCUUAUGAGGAGCGGGUUGGAGAGGAUGAUGAAGAUGGUCAUGAAGAACAGAGUAAGCUUAUGUAUGCAAACUCAGAUAAUAGAGACUACAAUGGAGAGUUUCGAAACAGAGGAAGAGGAGGACGUUCAUAUGGAAGAGGAAGGACGAGGAAGAUCCUAUCAGGAGUUUGACAUACCAAGAAUUACAUUUUUUAGGUGCGACAAUAAGGGACACUUUGCGUCCAGUUGUCCUGAUAGACUUCUGAAGCUUCAAGAGACAUACGAAAACAGAAUCAAGGAGAUAACAGAUGAUACACAAGAGGCUGAUAGGUUAUUGAUGCACGAAGUAGUCUACCUAAAUGAAAAAAAACGUAAACCCCAAGGAGUUUGA